CAGCAGCAGCAGCAGCAGCAGCGGAGAAAGUGGAGUGAAGUGAGGACGGAAAACCCCCGACAAGUGUCCCCUCGCGGAGAAAACAACACUGUUCUGGAAUAAAAUUAAGCGCGUGCGCGUGUUUUGACAGGUUUGCUCCAGCGUUCUUUUGAUAACGGGAGGCAAGGAUGUCAAUGCAAAUGGGUGACCCCGCCGACAGCGGCAUGGCGAAGGUGGAGAAGUGGCAGCAGACGAUGUACGCCACGGACUCGGGCAUCCAGUCUGGAGCGACCACCGUCAGAGACGACGGCGAGUUCACCACCUCCAAGCACUACACCAUGACCACCACCGUCACGACGGAAAAGCCCGAUGUGGAGGCCCACUACACCAGGGCCCAGCGGGUGCGGGCCGCCAUGUUCCCAGAGACGCUGGAGACGGGCACCACCAUCCUCUCGACGCAGACGGACCCGUCCCAGAUGACCAACGUCCAGCGGCUGGCGGAGCCCUCCCAGAUGCUCAAGAUAGCGAUCGUCCAUCUGAUCAACUACCAGGACGACGCGGAGCUGGCCAUGCGCGCCGUGCCCGAGCUCACCAAGCUGCUCAACGACGAGGACCAGGUGGUCGUCAGCAAGGCGGCGCAGAUCGUCAACCAGCUGACCAAGAAGGAGGCGUCGCGCCGUGCGCUGAUGCAGUCCCCUCAGAUGGUGGCGGCCGUGGUGCGGGCGAUGCAGAACACCAGCGACAUGGAGACGACGCGGGCCACCGCCAGCAUCCUCCACAACCUGUCCCACCAGAGGGAGGGCCUGCUCUCCAUCUUCAAGUGUGGAGGCAUCCCGGCUCUGGUCCGCAUGCUCAGCUCCCCCAUGGAGUCUGUGCUCUUCUACGCCAUCACCACGCUCCACAACCUGCUGCUGCACCAGGAAGGAGCCAAGAUGGCGGUCCGCCUGGCCGACGGCCUGCAGAAGAUGGUUCCCCUGCUGAAGAAGAGCAACCCCAAGUUCCUGGCCAUCACCACGGACUGCCUGCAGCUUCUGUCUUACGGCAACCAGGAGAGCAAGCUGAUCAUCCUUUCCAACUCGGGUCCCGAGGGUCUCGUUCACAUCAUGAGAAACUACAGCUACGAGAAGCUGCUGUGGACCACGAGCCGCGUGCUCAAGGUCCUCUCCGUGUGCCCCAGCAACAAACUCGCCAUUGUGGAGGCCGGUGGUAUGCAGGCUCUGGGCAAACACCUCUCCGGCUCCACCCCUCGUCUGAUGCAGAACUGUCUGUGGACCCUGAGGAACCUGUCUGACGCUGCCACCAAACAGGAGGGCAUGGACAGCCUCCUGCAGGUGCUGGUGGGCCUGCUCAGUUCCGAAGACCUCAACAUGCUCACUUGCGCCACCGGCAUCCUGUCGAAUCUGACGUGCAACAACGCCCACAACAAAACCCUGGUCACCCAGGGCAACGGCGUGGAGGCGCUCAUCCAUGCCAUAUUGCGCGCCAGCGAGAAGGAGGACGUGACUGAGCCGGCCGUGUGCGCCCUGCGUCACCUGACGUCGCGCCACCAGCAGGCCGAGAUCGCUCAGAAUGCUGUGAGGAGGCACUACGGCAUCCCCGCCAUCGUCAAGCUGCUCAACAUGCCCUACUACUGGCCCGUCAUCAAGGCCGUGGUCGGCCUGAUCCGCAACCUGGCCCUGUGCCCAGAGAACCAGGCCCCUCUGAGGGACGCCGGGGCCAUCCCUCGCCUGGUCAACCUGCUGCUCAAAGCCCACCAGGACGCCCAGAAGCAUGGCCCCUCCUCCCAACAGACAUACCAGGACGGAGUGAGGAUGGAGGAGAUUGUGGAGGGAUCCACUGGAGCGCUGCACAUCCUGGCAAGAGACCCCAUCAACAGGGCGGAGAUCGCCAACCUGCAGACCAUCCCCCUGUUUGUUCAGCUCCUCUACUCUCCAGUGGACAACGUGAAGCGCGUGGGCGCGGGCAUCCUGUGCGAGCUGGCCCUGGACAAGCCGUCCGCAGAGCUCAUCGACAGCGAGGGGGCGUCGGCUCCGCUGAUGGACCUGCUGCACUCCAACAACGAGGGCAUCGCCACUUACGCCGCGGCCGUGCUCUUCCGCAUCUCCGAGGACAAGAACUCCGACUACAAGAAGCGCGUGUCUGUGGAGCUGACCCACUCCCUGUUCAAACACGACCCCGCGGCCUGGGAGCUUGCCCACAACAGCGUCCCGAUCGAGGGACCCUAUCCAGAUGGACCCCGAGGAGACGGCGACGUGGCAAAGGAAGUGCCGCCAUGCGGCACACUGGGACGAAGAAGAGAAUAAAGGCGUCGGUAGAGAUUAUUCCCUCUGCUCUCAGCCGGAUGUAAUAUAUGCAACUAUCACCGAGUACGGGACUCAUAAUCUUAACAGGGCUCAACUUUGUUUAAAAGCAUAAUUUUGCUGAUUAUAACUUUUUGACGAUGCUUGUAGUUUUCUGUUAGAAAACCUUUUUUAAGAGUGUGUAUGUGAGCGAGUGCGCAUGUGAGUGUGUGUGUGAUUGUCUGUGUGUGUUUUAUGCUUUUGGGUGGGUAUUCUAUGCCAAAGAGAUUUUAUUUUGUGAUGAUAAUCGUGUAGCUUCCUCCCUUUUUUUUCUUCUUUUUUAAAACAUUUUUUUUUUAAAGAAAAUGGGGAAAAGAACAAUGAGUACUAGUUGAAAACACUGCCAGAGGAGGCUCGACGUGCACGGUGCACCUGCUCACCGCUAAUGUUUCUUUAACACCUUUUUGUAAAAGUCCCGGCUGUCCACGACGUCGUGUUGACAUUAUAUGCCGUCGACUUUCUUCCGCUGUGACCAACUGUUUAGAGUCGGUGAAGAGUUCGUCUCGCAGCACUAAUUCAGUAGGCGUGAGCAAACUAGGAGAGGGAGGUCUGUGACGGACCCCUGAGAGCAGUGUAGGGCUGCACACACACACACACACACACACACACAGAGUGUAAUCACCUGUAUGUAAACAAGAUGCUGGUUUGAUUUUCAAGAAUUGUGGCUCAUCUUUUAUAAGUUAUUCAUCACCAGAAUAUCAACAAAGAUGUCUUUUUUUAUUCGGAAUAUAAUUUAGAGACAAGUGUAAUAAUUUUCACAACAACAUGGCUGCAGUUGUUUUUAACCGUGUGAGGAUAAAGUCGGGGCGGCCCUACAGCUGGAGCAAACUACUGACGGGGAAAUUUGUCUUUCUACUUAAGAGUUUUUACUGAAAUUUUGUUUAAUAAAGGAUAUAUUAAACCCAA